AAUGGAAUGAGAAAGUUAUUCAGGUUUUCUCUCUCUCUCGCUCGCUCACUCAGCCGCCUUCUUUCCAAGCGGCGACGACAGGGAGGGGUGCCGCCCUUGCCCAGUUCUUCGUCGGACGCUUCGCCGCCGACCGACAAGUUCGAAAAAACCACCCAUGCUCCCUUCGCGCCAUCUCCGCGCCGCCGCGCGGCAGCGAAGCCCUCGGCCCGCGGCCGGUGCCGGCGACACCUCAUUCUCGGCCAAGCCCGACGCGGAGGUGAUCCGACGGAACAAGGCCAUCACGGCCCACAUGCGCGCUGGCCGCGUCCCGGACGCCGAGCGCCUCUUCGCCGCGAUGCCACACCGCUCCACCUCCACCUACAAUGCCAUGCUCGCCGGGUAUGCCUCCAACGGCCGUCUCCCGCUGGCAAUCUCCUUCUUCCGCUCCAUCCCGCGGCCCGACACCUUCUCCUACAACACGCUCCUCCACGCGCUGGCGGUCUCGUCGUCCCUGGCCGACGCGCGAAGCCUGUUCGACGAAAUGCCCGUGAAGGACUCCGUGUCCUACAACGUCAUGAUCUCGUCUCACGCCAACCAUGGGCUUGUAUCACUCGCGCGGCACUACUUUGAUCUUGCGCCGGAGAAGGAUGCUGUUUCGUGGAACGGCAUGCUUGCUGCGUAUGUGCGGAAUGGAAGGAUUCAAGAGGCAAGGGGGCUGUUUGAUUCAAGGACAGAGUGGGAUUCAAUUUCUUGGAACGCUUUGAUGGCUGGGUAUGUGCAGUGGGGUCAGAUGGCUGAAGCGCAGGAGAUGUUUAAUAGAAUGCCGCAGAGAGAUGUCGUGUCUUGGAACACUAUGGUAUCUGGUUAUGCAAGGAGGGGGGAUAUGAUGGAGGCGAGAAGGUUCUUUGAUGCAACCCCGGUUAGGGACGUGUUCACAUGGACAGCAGUUGUGUCUGGGUAUGCACAAAAUGGGAUGCUCGAAGAGGCCAGGAGGGUGUUUGAUGCCAUGCAAGAGAAGAAUGCUGUGUCGUGGAAUGCAAUGAUGGCAGCAUAUGUCCAGCGGAGGAUGAUGAAGGAGGCGAAUGAGUUGUUUGAUGCCAUGCCCUGCAGGAAUGUGGCUUCGUGGAACACAAUGUUGACAGGGUAUGCUCAGGCUGGGAUGUUGGAGGAGGCAAGGACAAUUUUUGACACCAUGCCACAGAAAGAUGCAGUCUCAUGGGCUGCAAUGCUGGCUGCAUAUUCGCAGGGUGGUUUCAGUGAGGAAACCCUGCAGUUGUUCAAAGAGAUGGGGCGUUGUGGUGAGUGGGUGAAUAGGUCAGCAUUUGCUUGUGUUUUGAGCACGUGUGCUGACAUUGCUGCACUUGAGUGUGGAAUGCAGCUGCAUAGUAGGUUGAUUAAGGCUGGUUAUGGUGUGGGCUGCUUUGUGGGGAAUGCACUCCUAGCUAUGUACUUCAAAUGUGGGAACAUGGAGGAAGCUCACAAUGCAUUUGGGGAGAUGGAGGAGAGGGAUGUUGUUUCAUGGAAUACUAUGAUUGCAGGCUAUGCGCGGCAUGGUUUUGGCAAGGAAGCACUUAAGGUUUUUGAUACAAUGAGGAAGACUUCUACCAAGCCAGAUGAUAUUACUUUGGUUGGAGUACUUGCAGCAUGUAGUCACUCUGGUUUGAUUGAGAAAGGCGUUUCAUACUUCUAUUCAAUGCACCACGACUUUGGUGUGACAGCGAAACCUGAACACUACACUUGUAUGAUAGACCUUCUUGGACGGGCUGGAAGAUUGGAUGAAGCAGUUAAUCUUAUGAAGGACAUGCCUUUUGAGCCUGACUCUACCAUGUGGGGUGCGUUACUUGGUGCUAGUAGGAUCCACCGCAACUCUGAACUAGGCAGGAGUGCAGCUGAGAAAAUAUUUGAGUUGGAACCUGAAAAUGCUGGCAUGUAUGUCUUGCUUUCAAAUAUAUAUGCAUCCUCUGGCAAAUGGCGUGAUGUGGACAAGAUGAGAGUUAUGAUGUAUGAGCGUGGUGUGAAGAAGGUUCCAGGAUUCAGUUGGAUUGAAGUGCAGAACAAAGUCCACACUUUCUCAGCGGGUGAUUGUAUACAUCCUGAGAAAGAAGACAUAUAUGCUUUCCUAGAAAACCUGGGCAUGAGGAUGAAAAAGGCAGGCUAUGUAUCUGCUACAGAUAUGGUUUUGCAUGAUGUGGAGGAGGAAGAGAAGGAGCACAUGCUCAAGUAUCAUAGCGAGAAGCUUGCUAUUGCUUAUGGUAUUCUUAAAAUUCCUCCUGGGAGGCCCAUCAGGGUGAUAAAAAACCUGAGAGUAUGCGAAGACUGUCAUACUGCUUUCAAGUAUAUAUCUGCUAUUGAGGGCCGACUGAUCAUAUUGCGGGAUUCUAACCGUUUUCACCAUUUUAGAGAUGGUUCAUGUUCAUGUGGUGAUUACUGGUAAUGAUGAGUAGAUAUACGUGCAAAGAAAUUCUGUAAUGUGGUCCUGUGGAUUUCGAAAUCAUAAUCAUGCAAUGCAGACUACAGACAAACAUAGUGGGCAUCCUGAUGUCUGGAUCUGGCCAUGUUAGCCACUAGGCUUUUUAUUUUAGUUCUGGUCCGAAAGAUUAUCCUGGUGAUUUGCUGUGUUAAUUAGGGAUUUCAGUUUAUUUGUGAGUACUGAGAUCCGUAUCUCCAGAUGGAAACACAAAAGGUUUCUAGAGAGAGAACAAAUCUACAGAGUGCAUGUUCUGGUCUCACAUGAACUGUACCUGGACAGCUAUGCUACCAUUUGUCUAUUGGAGAAACCUUGGGGAAAAAAAAAGAUGCAUCCCUUGUAAUUUGUCAAUAGGUAGAGGUCAGAGGGAGAACCAUCAGGUUAGGUGUGAAGUACUGAGAAACAACAACCAUCUUGUUAUUAAUUUUCUACAGAUGAAGAAUAAAAAAGAGUUGAAACUACUUGCUUUCCUGUUAUCAGGUGCAUUGGAGUAUUCAAAGGUCUUAUCCAGCGCUAGACAUUUUACCUGAAACAAAAGAUGGCUACUCACUUCUGCUCUUCUGGCAUUGGGAGGACUGUUUGAAACAG